CACAAUGGAACUGUCAAAAUGACGAUGAUAAUUCGCUCCAAAAAUCGUCGACAAACUCCAAAAUAACGAGCAAGAUCGACGGGAUCAUUAGUACACAAAGUCGAGAUAAUCCCUUGGACAUUAUUAGUGAUCUAAUUGAAAGUAGAACGAGGUUUUUAGUUAAUUAGUCGAUUUAUUCUCUGUCGACGUGGGGAGGACUGAAUUGAAGGGAUGGAUCCCAUGUCGUCGAGUGUUCCGCCCCUGCAGGAGGCUAAGCUAGAUAUGUAUGAUGAUGCCAUUUAUAACGUGGACCCCCAACACGUUGAGGGGGACAUGACUGUGGAGAGUACAAGACGUAGAGCCAAUAUUGGAGAGCCCGACUUCAACACAUUGGACGAACCAAUUCGUGAUACAAUCCUCAGGGAUGUUCGAGCUGUCGGACAGAAAUUUUUUCACGUCAUAUAUCCAAAGGAGAAAGGCAGUUUGCUAAAAGAAUGGGAUCUGUGGGGACCUUUGGUACUCUGUACCUUCAUGGCAAUGAUCCUUCAAGGAUCGGAGGCUCGUGAUAGCGCCAACGAUGGAGGUCCUCAAUUCGCUGAGGUGUUUGUACUCGUGUGGAUUGGCUCCAUGGUCGUAACUCUUAAUUCUAAACUACUAGGAGGAAAUAUUUCAUUUUUCCAAAGUGUCUGUGUACUUGGUUAUUGCCUUCUGCCAAUUGCGAUUGCGUUAAUAUUAUGCCGGAUUAUUCUGCUGAUGGACCAGAAUGUUUACCUGUUCAUUCUCCGAUUUAUCAUCGCAGUGAUAGGGUUUGCCUGGGCAACUUACGCAUCAAUGGCCUUUCUUGGAGACAGUCAGCCAGCAGGCAGAAAAGUCCUGGCGGUCUACCCAAUAUUCCUCUUCUACUUCGUAAUGUCGUGGCUCGUGAUAUCCCACACAACAUGAAAGUAACUACACAAACUCUUGAGCUACAAACAUAAUUUGAAAAUUGCACAAUUCUGAAUGAAAACCCACAGAAAUCUCAAAACGUUUGAAUGGCAACGCUGAUGCCAUUUAUCUUUCAUAGGAAAAUCCACUGGGUUGAUUUAUUUUCUUCCUACUGACGAGGAUAUUAUUUAUAGGGUAAAACAGCAUUCCAGUAUUCGUCAAUUAGAUAAUCUAUCCAGUACCAAUUUUUACGGGAAAUGCAUUUUUUUUCAUUAUUAAUUAGGUAAUUUUGUUUGCUCUUGGCUCCGAUUGAUUUACUUCAUUUUCCUGAUCUCUGUGCUAAAUAUUUCCGCAGUUGUCCACAUUCUUAAUCGCGAUGUUGAUGGGAAUAAACUAUCGCAUAUUGAAUAACUACAAUCAUGAAGCUGGUGAAAUUUCACGUUUUCUUUGCGAAUUCCGCGGGUAUCUCGAGAAUCAGUCGUUUUAGGUGAAAAUAUCACAAGAAUUUUUUAUGUUGCCGUUCAAAUUCUCCAUAUAAAAUGUCUUAUGAUCUUUUCCCAUAGAAUCCCUCAGUGAGGAGCUAAUCGCAUGAAUUAAGUUUAAUGUAAUGAAAGAAAUCAUGUUAUUUUAUGAAUUAAUUGCCCAGUUUUUCAGCUACGCGAAUGGGGUUUUCUGGUUAACUGAAUUUUUACUGAAUUUACGAUGUGUAUUUGAUGUUUGGUAUUCAUGUACAUUGUAUAUAAUAAUUAUAAUGAUGUAUUAUAAUGAGGAUAUUAAAUACGUUGAUGACGUAUUAAAUACGAAUAAAUUAAGAGUGAAAAAAA